AUGGCUUUAAAGAUGGAUCUUAGAAAAGCUUAUGAUUCUGUGAGUUGGGAUUUUAUUCGAAAAACUCUUCAGCUUUAUGGGUUCAGUGCUACAUGGAUAAAGUGGAUCAUGCAAUGUGUUACUUCUUCCAAGUUUUCUGUUCUUUGUAAUGGUGUGCCUACUGGAUUUUUUGCAGCUGGGAGAGGGAUUAGACAGGGCUGUCCACUUUUUCCUCUUCUUUUUACCUUAAUUACUGAUUAUUUCUCUACCCUAAUGCAUCAAAAAAUUCUUGGAGGUCAGAUUAAGCUCUGUAAUUUGGUUCAGAAGACUAGUUUAUUGGUUUCUCAUGCCUUUUAUGCUGAUUAUUUAUUCAUUAUAGUGAAGGCAGAUAUUUCUAUAGCAAAGUCAAUUGAUAAGGUGCUUAAGAGGUUUCAUGAGGUGACUAGUCUUACAGUGAAUAAAGAUAAAAGCUCAGUGAUUUUCUCUAAGGCUGUUAGAGGGAAGAGAAGGAUAUUACAGGUUCUUCAAAUGAAAAAUGAAGCUUUUUCAAUUAAAUAUCUUGGAAUUACUCUGGAAAAUAGGGCUCUGAAGGCUGUAGACUGUAAGGGUCUAUUUGAUAAAGUCAAUGCCAGGGUUGAUCAUUGGAACACAAUCAAUUUGUCUUUGGCAGGUUUGUCUUUGGUCCAGAGAUUUGGUGCCAAUAUGUUUGGAAAUUUUGAUAAGCAAGCAACUGCAAGAGCUCUUUUUGCUUAUGGAGUGUGGUUAUUUCCUCCCUUCUUUUCGGAGGAGGCUGUUGAUUUCAUUGCUAAUAUAAAUUUAAAGGCUGGAGAAGAUGAAAUUAGUUGGAUUUCUGGUGAUUUCAGUCUGAAAAAUGCUUGGUCAGCUUGUAGGACUAGGGGGCAAGUGAUAUUGAGACGAUUUUUGAAGCGACUGAAGGUGGUGUCUGAAAUGAAGAAGAAAAGUCCGAUUUUGAAGCGACUGAAGGUGGAUGAAUUGAAGAGUCCUUCGAUCGUGAGGAAUUUGUUUCCAAUCUUGAAGCCGUAUGAAACCCAGAAGAAUGAAGAGUUCAAAUUAAAAGAUGGGUGGCAUAGAUGCACUUUGUCGGAAUUCAUUGAAGUAGUAUCCAAUUUGAACGAGGAAAAGAGGAAAAAUGUUGAGGAUAUUGGUUUUGGCAAUAUGCUUAACCUGAAAUGUUCAUUUUUGUCAACUAAACUCUUCAAUUACUUCGUAGAAAGUUUUGAUGGGCAAAAAUGUCGGAUUAGACUUCAAGAGGAGAAUGUGUAUCUGCCCAUUAAUGCAAUUGAUGUCCAGUCCAUUCUUGGCAUACCUGCUGGCAUUAUCCCAGUGCCUAUUUGUAAAAAUAUUGAUUCUGAUUGGGUAGACGAAGGUGGGUAUCGCAAUGAUAAAGAAAUGCAUGUGGACCAAUUGAUGGAUAGGGUAAAGAAUUUGGAGGCUGGCAAAGAUUUCAAGAGAGCAUUUGUACUAUUUGUUUGUGCAGCUGUACCGUCUCCAAAUGGAUGA